AUGGCGCCGCUGGCCCGGGCCGGGUUCCGCGUGAUCGCCCUGGAGAUGAAGGGGUACGGGGACAGCAGCGCCCCCAGCGACAUCUCGGAAUAUUCCCAGGAGCAGAUCUGCAAGGAUUUCAUCACUUUCCUGGAUAAACUGGGAAUCCCGCAGGUGAUCCUGGUUGGCCACGACUGGGGCGGGGCCAUGGCCUGGAACGUGGCUCUGUUCUACCCCGAGCGCGUCCGGGCCGUGGCCGUUCUGAACACGCCAUUCCGGCCGCCCGACCCCGAUUCCGACGCCCUGGAGAAACUGAGGCAGAUCCCGGAGUUCGAUUACCAGCUCUACUUCCAGGAGCCGGGCGUGGCGGAGGCGGAGCUGGAGAGGGACAUCGGGAGGACCCUGAAACUCCUGAUCCGAUCGGCCGAGCCCGAGGAUCGGCUGCCCGAGAGCGUCGACGUGCGCCGGGCCCGGGAGAGAGGGGGUCUCCUGGUGGGGCUCCCCGAGGAUCCCCCCGAGAGCCGCCUGCUGCCCCCGGCCGUGCUCCAAUACUACAUCCGGCAGUUCCGCAAAUCCGGAUUCAGGGGGCCCCUGAACUGGUACCGGAACGUGAGGGAGAACCAGAGCUGGGCCCUGCGCGCCCGCGGACGGACGAUCCCGCUGCCGGCGCUGAUGGUGACGGCCGGGAAGGAUCCGGUGCUGAAACCCGGCCUGAGCAAGGGCAUGGAGAGAUGGAUCCCGCGGCUGCAGCGCGGCCACAUCGAGAACUGCGGCCACUGGACACAGAUGGAGAGGCCACUGGAGCUGAACCGGAUCCUCCUGGAUUGGUUGGAAAAUCUCCCCCCGGAGAAUUCCUGCCCUGCAAAUUCCAAACUUUGAAAUCCUGGAAUUUUUUUUCUGGAAUUUUUUCCUGAAAUUUUUGAGAAUUUUUUUCCCGAAAAUUCCAAGAUCUGAGCAGAAAAUUUUUUCCCCAAAAAAUUCCAAACUCGGAGCAAGAAAUUUUCCUGAGAAUUCCAAACUUUGAGUGGGAAUUUUUUCCAAAAAAAUUCCAAAUUUUUUCCAAAAAUUCCAAACUUUGAGCGGGAAUUCCGAGCUUGGAACGGGAAUUUUUUUCCUGGGAAUUUUUCCUGGGAAUUCCAAGAUUUUAGCAGAAAUUUUUUCCAGGAAUUCCAAGAUUGGAGUGAGAUUUUUUUCUGGAAUUUUCAGGAAUUUUUUCCAGGAAUUCCAAGAUUUUAAGUGGGAAUUUUCCCCUGGAAUUCCAAACUUGGUGCAGAAUUUUUUCCCACAAAUUCCAAGUUUGGAUCAGGAAUUUUUCCCAAAAAUUCCAAAUUUUUCCUGGGAAUUUUUCCCACAAAUUCCAAGUUUGGAUCAGGAAUUUUUUUCCCAAAAAUUCCAAAUUUUCCUGGGAAUUUUUCCCACAAAUUCCAAGUUUGGA